AUGGGUCUCCUCAAGAUUUGGGAUUUAACUGAAGCCAGUGCCGAUUUGAAGCUGCCUGCCACUGGCAGGAGAGAACCAGUGAACUUCCUGGGUGUUGAGUUUGGCUCUCAAUAUCAAUUGUUGAUGGCAGGAAACGUUCAAGAAGACAGAUCCUCUGUCACUUCAUCUCCCCUUCCGUUAUUUCCCUGGAUGUCACUAUCUCCAGGACUUGGAUCCCCAUUCCCAUGGUUGAGGGAUCUACAACCGGAAGAGAGGGGGUUGUGUCUCAUUCAGCUCCUUCAUGCUUGUGCAAACCAUGUGGCUGCAGGGAGUGUCGAGAAUGCAAAUGUCGGCCUUGGCCAUAUCUCCCACCUUGCCUCUCCUGAUGGUGAUACUAUGCAAAGGAUUGCUGCUUACUUCACCGAGGCGCUUGCUGACCGGAUGCUCAAAGUCUGGCCUGGUUUGUACAAGGCUCUCAAUUCCACGAAAACCCGUUCACCCUCUGAAGAAAUUAUUGUCCAGAAGCUCUUCUUCGAGCUUUGCCCCUUUUUGAAGCUCUCAUAUGUCAUAACAAACCAGGCUAUUGUGGAGGCAAUGGAAGGUGAGAAAAUGAUACAUAUUAUAGAUUUGCACUCAUUUGAGCCUGCUCAGUGGAUUGAGCUACUCCGGACAUUAAGCGCACGGCCUGAAGGUCCACCUCAUUUGAGAAUCACAGGUAUUCAUGAGCAGAAAGAGGUGUUGGACCAGAUGGGAGCUCGAUUAGUCGAAGAAGCUGAAAAGCUAGACAUCCCAUUUCAGUUCAACUCCAUAGUGAGCAAGCUUGAGAAUCUCGAUCUUGAACGUUUGCGUGUGAAGACGGGAGAAGCUCUUGCAGUCAGUUCUGUUCUUCAGUUGCAUUCUCUCUUGGCAACUGAUGAGGCUGAGGUGGUUGGAAGAGUUUCUCCUUCAGCACCGGCUUCUAAGAGUGCUAGUCAUAAUAACCACAUUCAAAAGUUCAUGCAAAUGAACCAACACCAGAAGACUUUAGGGGAGUGGCUUGAGAAAGAUGUGGUUCAUUAUCAUUGUUCGAGUCCCGAUUCAGCACUAUCCCCACUAUCACUUGCUCCAUCACCAAACAUGGGAACCUUCUUGGGUGCAUUUUGGGCUCUUUCACCCAAGAUCAUGGUGGUGACCGAGCAGGAGUCCGACCAUAAUGGCUAUUCAUUAACAGAAAGGGUGUCUGAAGCUAUGAACUUCUAUGCUGCUCUCUUUGAUUGUUUGGAGUCAUCUACUGAUCCCAGAGCUUCAUUAGAAAGACAAAAGGUCGAGAAGAUGUUAUUCGGUAAGGAAAUCAAGAACAUAAUUGCUUGUGAAGGGAACGAGCGAAGGGAAAGACACGAGAAGUUGGAGAAAUGGAUCCUGCGGCUUGAGUUAGCCGGGUUUGGGAGAGUUCCUCUGAGUUAUGAUGGAAUGUGGCAAGCAAACAGAUUACUGCAGAGUUAUAAUUAUGGAGGGUAUAAGAUCAAAGACAAGAAAGGAUGCUUGCUCAUUUGCUGGCACGACAGACCUCUGUACUCCAUCUCGGCUUGGAGACAUAGGAGGCAAUAGUAAAAAGAGCCAACUUCGACACCUUCAAUAAGUUUUUCUUUCUUAGAUUUCCAUUCUCUUUUUGGAUUUCUGUAGCUUUUGAUUUUAAUGUUUCUCUGUACAAACGAUGGUUUUCUCCAUCUUGCCAUCUGCAUAGUGUUACUCCUGUAUGAUCUGAGUGGGUUCCUUCAUCUAACCUCUUCGUCCAUUUUUGGUGUGUUCCUUGUUUUGUCCAUCUAUCAUUUUCUUUCUUGAGGUUUUUGCUCCCCUCCAUCUGCAUGUAUCAAUCCAACAGAAAUGAAAAAAAGUUGAGGCUUUGGUUUCACCA